CGCGCUACCGCCACCUGCUGUCUGCAGAGAUGUUUCUGUGAGCGUGCUGCGCGCUCUCGCAUCCUUCAGAUGGAACAAGCCUGCGCCGUACACGACAAUCCCCUCCAUCUUUCCUCCGAGUACCAACCCAUUAACGGGCUUAACAACACCAGGGAAUAAAGAUGUCUGGGAUGAACCAGGUGGUUGCAACAUGCUGGGCUUGCCUCCUGCUCUCUGCCUUCCUGUUUGAGCCCACGCUGUGUAAAGGCGGACGUGGAGGGUCCAGGGGCUCCUCUCGAGGGUCACCCUCCCGCAGCUCCACAGCAGGGACCUACAGGGGAGGAGGUGCUUACGGCGGGACCCGCUCUCGUUUCAGGGUGGCCGGCCGGACGUCACCGGUGAGGGUGGCAAGUGCAGCAGCAGCAGGGGCAGCAGUGGCGUUAACGGCAGAUAAAUGGUACGCAUCUGCCUACCGACGCGGCAACACAGACAACUCGGAGGAAGAGCUGGAUUACUACAACAGGACCAAUUACUUUGAUGCUCUAAUGUCAGGUUCUACUCAAAAUGGAUCUUUUUUUUCUAAAGUAGUUUCUGUCAUUAUCACAAUGUUUUCUCCUAAAUAUGGACUCUUGAUGGACAGUAUACUGUAGAUAUUUGGGUGAUUUGUAGGAUACAUUUGUGAUUGGAUCUAGAACCGAAGUUCCAUCCAGGUUAUGAUUAUAAUGCAGAGGACUGACUGGAACCUGCACGGGUAAGACCAGUUAGAGCGGCCACACAGGAGCAGAACAAAACAAUGACAAAAGCAUCACUGUACUGUACUUUUUACAGUUUUUCCAACCGGCAAACAACAGGCUGCGUUACCAGCUUAGUAUUCAUGGGGACAUUUCACCUCUCAGACUUCAUCUCUGCAUAUAUAACAGAACUACUGUCAAUUUCCACCCCUAAAGCUUAAAUCUUAGUAUUUCACUGAAGAACAUAUCAGCAAAAUGCCAAUGACUCUUCAGAGUCUAACCGAGCUGCUUUCUGCCAAUUUUAACUACUGCCAAAUUUAAAAAAAAUAUACUUUUAAUAAUAUGCACAAAAUAAAAAGUGACCUGUACUGCAGCUCUGUACAAAUGAGAGAAUCUAUCUGUGUUUAAAAGCAGACUGGUGUAUUAAUAUAAAGUUUGGACUUGCUGCAGUUCAUUUAAAAUAUGGAAGUACAGAUUAUCAGCUACUUUAUAACAUUUAAGUUGAAAGGAACCUGGCACCGGCAUUUUUUCACCCCUGAAAUCGAACAGUAUUAGUAAUUUUUCUCUGAAAUAUGGACUUAUUUAUUUUACAGAGGAAAAUACGUGUUUUUGUUCAGCUUCCAAA